AUGCGGGGUAAAGCAGCAUCCAAGGAAUUCGCCGCCGCCACCAAGUGCUACUUCCACCCAGUCUCAGUCGUCGUUGACGCUGACGUUGUGUGCAGUGUGGUAUUUGUCCUGCAGGGCUUUGAGAUUGUGCUCCUCGACCUCGGCAAUAUUCCGGACGAUCUUCUUCUGUCGAUGAUGGCCAUAUUCAGACUUACUGUCUUGGGACCUGCACUGACGGAACGGCAGAGUUGCAGCCUGUGGUGCAAAUACCGCGGCCGCAGCAGGGCGCUAUUCGCAGUGACCCUGGUGUUCCUGUGUCUGUCAUUUAUUGCGGUUGCUCUGCGGUGCUUUGUCCGGCUGAGACUGGUGAAAGCCUUUGGAUGGGAUGAUGGCUUGAUGGUGUUAGCAAUGCUAUUUGACAUCUGGUUCGCAACAUGCGGGUUGGCUGGAGCAGUUGCUGGCUUUGGGAAAAGAUUCGACCAGUUCAACACGAGAGCAGAUGUUCAAACGGCUCUCCUGUGGUGGUGGCUCGGCCAGAGCGCCUAUGUUUGGGUCGUGGCGACCGCAAGAAUCUCCAUCGCAAUGCUGCUUCUCCGUCUUACCGGCCGGCGGCGCGAAUCGGCCGUCCUGUAUAUCGUAAUCGGUCUAACGUCCACUGUCGGUCUCGCCUUCUGGCUUAUCUUGAUGUUGCAGUGCCAUCCAGUUAGCGAAUUCUGGGAACGGACGGGCGGAGGCCACUGCAUUGACACCAAUUAUGUACUGGACAUUGCGUACCUCUAUAGUGCAACUGCCUGUCUUUGCGACUUCACCCUGGGACUCUUUCCUAUCUAUCUUCUGAAGGACUUGCAUAUGAGUCGGCGGUCCAAAUGGGCGAUAGCAAUCGUUCUCAGCAUGGGAUGCGUUGCAGGCGCUGCCGUCGCGGUCCGCAUUCCCUAUCUUCCGAACUAUAAAGAUCCGGACUUCCUGUAUGCCACCACUGGUAUCGCUAUCUCGUCAAACAUCGAGGCCGGUCUCGGCAUCACUGCUGGAAGUCUGAUCACACUCCGUCCACUAAUGCGCUGGCUCCGAUGCGUUUGCCACCGCGUAUUUAACAAAGCGAGAGGAGUAAGCCGUGGUAUCCGCUUGUGUAGCAGUAACAGAACCCAAAGGUCCCCCGUUAAGCAAAAGCACAACUCACCAAAGCACUGGCGGUCAGACAUAGAAUCGGCGAUGCCGGUGCCGAUGCCGCUGUCUCAUCCUUCGCAGACCGAGGAGCCUCAGUUUGGAGCCGGGGCGAUGUAG